CACGAGGCACAUGUGUGUUUAUUUCUGAGUUAAUACUGAAUUGAUUUGCUAACCUGGACUCAUAAUAUAUCCACGAUAAGCUUGUUGUUACUGAGGUCUCUGCGGCACUUCCGGACUACAAAAAUCUCCCUUGACGCUCGUGCUGCUGUGUUGUCUCCGCUGCAGUCUGUCACAUGUGUUCAUUUCCAAACACAUGAGCUUCUCAGCUCAGAUAUGUGACAGUGGACCUUCAGGAACUUGCUGCAAACAUUAAAACAUCAUUGAUGUUGUGUCACAGCUGGAGCCGUAGAAUGAGUUUCCAACGUAACGUCUAACUCUUGGAAAGUAGGUGGAGACAUCAUGAGCAACGCGGCCCGUUACCUCAUCUUUUUUCAGUACAUCGGAACCAAAUACAGCGGUGUAGUCAAAGUACGUCCACAUGUGGUGGGCAAGACAGGAGUCCAGGACCACUUGGAGGAUGCAAUCCGGAGGCUGAGGCCGCUCAACCCAGCGUCUCUGUCAGUGUCCAGCAGGACAGACGCUGGGGUCCACGCCCUCUCUAACUCUGCCCACUUUGACCUCCAGCGCAAGAACGACAAGCCUCCGUUCACUGAAGACGUUCUUGUUCAGGCUCUCAAUUAUCACCUCAAGACAGAGCAAAUCAGGGUCACCCACGCCCACCGGGUUUCUGAUGACUUCCACGCCCGUUACAGUGCCCAGUCUCGGACCUACAUCUACCGAAUCGCGCUGGGUCUCCCCCACUACUCUGCGCUUCCCCUUGUAGACUGUCAACUGUGCUGGAACCUCCGCAACACGGAGCUCGAUGUGGAAGCCAUGCGUGAGGCUGCUGCCAUGCUCGUCGGCACUCAUGAUUUCAGCACAUUUAGGGCUGUCAACUCUGACAUGCCGUUUAAAAGCCCCGUGAAGACGCUGGACGUGGUCGACAUACAGCCAGGAAGCUCCUUUGCAGGUGCGGAGGAUGACAGGGGCCUUGGUGGCAGUAGGCCAAAGGCAGCUCUCGCUGCCCCAGCUGAGAGAGAUAAUGGAGGCUCGAGACUCUCUGAUCUACCCACAGGGUCUGGCUGCUCCAGCGUAUGGCCUCUUCCUCACCAGGGUGGAGUACAGAGAGACGGACCUGCAGAUACCAUCUACUGGGAACUCAACAGACUGAUGCUACUUGAAUAUGUUUGUUAGUUUUGAUAUAUUUUUGAACUAUUGUAUGAAAUUAUCUUAAUAAAGUCUUUUUUCUUUAUAAGAAUUUUUUUCUUCUUCUCACAAAUAACAAAACAGCUUUACUGUGAGUCUGUGGUCGAUAUUACAAUUCCCACACUUAAAUAAGCAUUAGGCUCCAUACAGACGAACAUCUCCAUGUUCCUUUAAUUCAACAUUUUAAGAAUACAUAACUGUGUCAUGAACGCAGCUCAGCUACAGAAGAACCACACACCUUGAACCUAACAUUGUCUACACAUGAUCUUCAGGUUACACCAACUUGCUUUAAGCCUGGUUAGGCAAUGUAUACAUUUGUGAACUGGGUUUUGUAGGUUCUCCGUGUUUUCAAACAAGGUAUACAACAUGUGGGGAAGAGUGUUAAGUUCUAUCGCCAAAACUGCUUUGUGUCCACGGCUCUCAUACGGUGGCAUUACAAUAUGGAUCAACAAAGUGCACACACACUCUCACUGAUAAUGUAUACAUCCGAAUGUCCAAAAAAAACUGCAUACACUGCUUCUUAACCCAAAAGUCUUCACAGACCAUUCAUGUGGAUUUUCAGCACAGUCACUUGCUUCUAAUUUGGCUGCAUCUGUUCACUGAGUUAAAUUAUUUUCAGCAAGUUGUCCAUAAAUAGUCCAUUAAAACCGGACAACCACCGGCAGUCUUCUCUGUGCCGCUGGGAGCCAGAUGAGGUUUGUAGAAGGUUCAGACCGACCAAUCCCUGGUCUUAAUGUUCCAGCGCAUUGGUCAAAUACACCAGACAUCACACAUUUUCUUGAGUUUGUACAGUCACCCAACUGAUGCGAGGUUAGCUGAUUUAGGCUCACCGUGUUCGAAGUGC